AUGAGUCAGCCCCAAGGCUUCGACGACAAGAACAGACUUUUCGUGUGCAAACUAACCAAGUCGUUGUAUGGACUAAGGCAAGCCCCAAGAGCAUGGUUUGAUCGACUAAGAGCAACAUUACUAAGCUGGAAGUUCAAAAAUUCGAGGGCAGAUUCAUCACUAUUCUUCCAUAAAGCACCUGGUCUAAUUAUUAUGGUUCUAAUUUACGUGGAUGACAUGAUUGUGACUGGAAACAACAAGGAAAAAUUGCAACAAUUUGAUGCAAAAUUAAACAGCGAGUUCGCUCUAAAAGACUUAGGACCUCUAAUUUUUUUUCUGGGAAUUGAAAUGCAUAGAGAUGAUACAGGCCUAUACCUCAAUCAAUCUAAGCAUAUCAAAGAAUUGCUCUCUCGAACUGAAAUGCAGCACCUGAAAUCUUGCUCGACGCCUAUGACAGCUGGAAAAGUGCUAUCAAAAAUUGAUGGUGAGCCAUUAAGUAAUCCCACAACAUAUCGGAGUAUAAUCAGAGGCUUGCAAUACUUGACACACACCAGACCAGACCUAAGUUUUACAGUAAAUAAGCUCAGCCAGUUUCUUCAAGCCCCAACAGCAGCUCAUUGGAAUGCCAUGAAAAGAGUCCUUAAAUACUUAAAAGGAUUAAUGUAUCAUGGACUACACAUUAAAUAUACACAUAGGCUCAACAUUGUUGGUUUUUCGGAUGCUGAUUGGGCUUGUUGUCCCGAUGAUAGGACAAGUGUAGCAGGCUACUAUGUGUACUUAGGAGACACAUUGGUCUCUUGGUCAUCUAAGAAACAAGCAGUGGUCUCACGGUCGAGUACUGAAUCGGAAUAUAGAGCUCUUGCUCAUGUAGCAGCAGAGAUAUCCUGGAUUCAAUCAUUGUUAAAGGAAUUUGAACUUCCAUUGGUCAGUACACCAGUAACAUGGUGCGACAACAUGGGAGCUAGUGCACUUGUUCAAAUCCUGUGUAUCAUGCUCAGACUAAGCAUAUAG